AUGGCGCCUCCUCGUACCAUCACAUUGGUCUUAUUAAUUUUCGCAAAUAUCUCAUCCUUAGUAAUUUGUUCGUCACCGGAUCACGGAUACGACGAUUUUCUCGAAUGCCUAAUCGAUCAAUUCGAACGAUCAAACUCGGCUACCGAUAUAAUCUACACGCCUCGAAACGCGACAUACGCGUCUCUUUUACUAGCGCAUAAUCUCCGUCCGGCCUCCGCCGCGCCGGAGAGACCCGGCCUCAUCGUGACCCCACUCCACGUCUCGGAAAUCCAGGCUGCAGUAUCCUGCUCGCGGAAACUCGGCAUCCAGAUCCGGGUCCGGAGCGGCGGCCACGACUACGAAGGGCUCUCCUACACUUCUGCUGGAGCGCCCUUCGUGGCCGUCGACAUGCGGAACUUCCGUUCCGUCACCAUCGACGCCGAGGCCAAAACGGCCUGGGUCCAAGUCGGCGCGACGCUUGGGCAGCUCUACUACACGCUUUCCCGGGAAAGCGACACCCUCGCUUUCCCGGCAGGCGUGUGCCCGACGGUCGGCAUCGGCGGGCACUUCAGCGGCGGAGGGUACGGCAUGAUCUCGCGCCGCCACGCCCUCGCUGCCGACAACAUCGUCGACGCGAGACUGGUCAACGCUGCCGGCGAGGUCCUUGACCGGUCAACUAUGGGCGAGGAUUUGUUCUGGGCGAUCCGAGGCGGCGGAGGGACGAGCUUCGGGAUCGUCGUAGAGUUCAAGGUGAAGCUAGUCACCGUCCCGGAGAUAGUAACCGUUUUCAACGUGACACGAACGCUGGAAGAGAACGCGACCGAGCUCAUUGGAAAAUGGCAGGAGAUUGCCGAUAAAGUCGACGAGAAUCUCCUCCUCCGCCUUUUUCUGAAUCCGGAUAUUUCUCCGGCGACCGGAAAAAAUACCGUGGCGGCUUCCUUUACCUCCCUUUACCUCGGCAAGGCCGAGGAACUUCUUCCGAUAAUGCAGAAGGAGUUCCCGGAGCUCGGAUUACGGAAACACGACUGCAUCGAAAUGAGAUGGAUCGAAACAUUUCUAUACAUGUCCGGUUUACAAAACCAAACCCUAGAAACCCUAAUUGACCGGACGCCACAGGGCUUCUUCCUGCGCUCGUAUUACAAAGGAAAGUCGGACUUUGUCAGUGAUCCAAUCCCGGCUUCCGGGCUAAACGAGAUGUGGAAGCUUCUAGAAGGAGAGGACGGCGUGCAGCUGGAGCUCAGCCCUUACGGUGGGGCGCUGAGCACGUUCUCCGAGUCCGAAACCCCUUUUCCGCACCGGAGAGGGACGCGGUUCAUGAUCCAUUACGCGGUUUUGUGGGCCGACCCGGAUGAAUCAGGGUCGCGCAUUGAUUGGAUUAGGCGGCUGUAUAAUGUGAUGGAGCCGUAUGUGAUGAGGAAUCCGAGGGCGGCCUAUUUCAACUACAGAGAUCUCGAUAUCGGUAGGAAUAAUGAAGGGAACACUAGCUAUGAACAGGCUAGGGUUUGGGGGAUGAGUUAUUUUAAGGGGAAUUUUAGGAGAUUGGUUCGUGUGAAGACGAAAUUUGACCCCUCGAACUUUUUCAGAAACGAGCAAAGUAUUCCGCCGUUGGUGUCAGAGUAGAAGAAAGAUGAAAUGAAGGAAUAAAUAAUGAUAGUAGUUGGUGAAGAAAUGUUUGGAUUUUAUGAAUAAUGUGAUUUGGUUGGAUGGAUUUAUACUAUGUUGUUUGGGACUUGCAUGGCGUGUUGGCUGUGAUGUGUAUAUAUGAUUGUGAGCAAUGGCGGAUCCAGGAGUUGAAUAUCGUGGGGUCGGAAAAAAAUUGAGUAUAAUAGUAAAAUAAUUAAUUUUUAAAAA